GUGCGUGUGUCUCUGUCCGCGCUGCUGAAACGGGCUCUUCGAGGGAUCGGCGUCACAUGACUCCGCCUGCCCCUCGCCAGCGCGCAGAUCGCCAGUCCCUCAGUUUGCCCGGCGCCGGAGGAGGGUCGGGCGGGAUCUUCCGGGCACUGGGGCUGUGCGGAGCGGAGAAGAGGUUCCAGCGGAGAAUAGUAUAUCUGGUUCAAGAAGCCGCGGCUCGGCGCCAGAUCCUGGAGUGUAGAUAUUUGGGGGGAGGGGAGAGCGAGGGAGCGAGCGAGCGAGCGCCAGAGAGAGGCAGCGCGCAGCGCGCACGGACGGGGAGCUGCUGCGCGGAGAAGAUGUAAGCGCGUGGGGUCUCGCUGGCCUCUGAGCACCAUGCAGAAGGGGAUCCGGCUGAACGAUGGCCACGUCGCGUCUCUGGGACUGCUGGCGCGCAAAGACGGCACGCGCAAAGGCUACCUGAGUAAGCGGAGUUCAGACAACACAAAAUGGCAAACCAAGUGGUUCGCGCUGCUACAGAACCUGCUCUUCUACUUCGAGAGCGACUCGAGCUCGCGGCCCUCGGGGCUUUACCUGCUGGAGGGCUGCGUCUGCGACCGCGCGCCCUCCCCCAAGCCGGCGCUGUCGGCCAAGGAGCCUCUGGAGAAACAGCAUUACUUCACGGUGAACUUCAGCCAUGAGAACCAGAAAGCCUUGGAGCUGAGGACAGAGGACGCAAAAGAUUGUGAUGAAUGGGUGGCAGCCAUUGCACAUGCCAGCUACAGGACCCUGGCCACAGAGCAUGAGGCAUUAAUGCAGAAGUACCUGCACCUGCUGCAGAUCGUGGAGACGGAAAAGACCGUAGCCAAGCAGCUUCGGCAGCAGAUCGAGGAUGGGGAGAUCGAGAUCGAGCGGCUGAAGGCAGAGAUCGCAUCCCUGCUCAAGGACAAUGAGCGCAUCCAGUCCACCCAGACUGUUGCUCCCAACGAUGAAGACAGCGACAUCAAGAAAAUUAAGAAGGUGCAGAGCUUCCUGCGGGGCUGGCUGUGCCGGCGGAAGUGGAAGACCAUCAUCCAGGACUACAUCCGGUCACCCCAUGCCGACAGCAUGCGCAAGAGGAACCAGGUGGUGUUCAGCAUGCUGGAGGCUGAGGCUGAGUACGUGCAGCAGCUGCACAUCCUUGUCAACAAUUUCCUGCGCCCACUGCGGAUGGCCGCCAGCUCCAAGAAGCCUCCCAUCACACAUGACGAUGUCAGCAGCAUCUUCCUGAACAGUGAAACCAUCAUGUUUUUACAUCAGAUCUUUUACCAAGGCCUGAAGGCCCGCAUCUCCAGCUGGCCCACGCUAGUCCUGGCUGACCUGUUUGACAUCCUGCUGCCCAUGCUCAACAUCUACCAAGAGUUUGUCCGCAACCACCAGUAUAGCCUGCAGAUCCUGGCCCACUGCAAGCAGAACCGUGACUUUGACAAGCUGCUGAAGCACUACGAGGCCAAGCCUGACUGCGAGGAGAGGACGCUGGAGACCUUCCUCACCUACCCCAUGUUCCAGAUCCCCAGGUACAUAUUGACCCUCCACGAGCUCCUGGCCCACACACCUCAUGAGCACGUUGAGCGCAACAGCCUGGAUUACGCCAAGUCCAAACUGGAGGAGCUGUCCAGGAUAAUGCACGAUGAAGUAAGUGAGACAGAGAACAUCCGGAAAAACCUGGCCAUCGAGCGCAUGAUCAUCGAAGGCUGUGAGAUCCUCCUGGACACCAGCCAGACCUUUGUGAGACAAGGUUCCCUCAUCCAGGUGCCCAUGUCUGAAAAGGGCAAGAUCACCAGAGGGCGCCUGGGGUCUCUCUCCCUAAAGAAAGAGGGUGAGCGACAGUGCUUCCUGUUUUCUAAGCAUCUGAUUAUCUGUACCAGAGGCUCUGGAGGGAAGCUUCACCUGACCAAGAACGGAGUCAUAUCCCUCAUUGACUGCACUUUAUUGGAGGAGCCAGAAAGCACGGAGGAGGAAGCCAAAGGAUCCAGCCAAGACAUAGAUCACUUGGAUUUUAAAAUCGGGGUGGAGCCAAAGGAUUCCCCGCCCUUUACGGUCAUCCUAGUGGCCUCGUCCAGACAGGAGAAGGCGGCGUGGACCAGUGACAUCAGCCAGUGUGUGGAUAACAUCCGAUGCAAUGGGCUCAUGAUGAACGCGUUUGAAGAAAAUUCCAAGGUCACUGUGCCACAGAUGAUCAAGAGGACCAGUGAGGGGACUAGGGAAGCAGAAAUGAGCAGGUCUGACGCCUCCUUAUAUUGUGAUGAUGUUGACAUUCGCUUCAGCAAAACCAUGAACUCCUGCAAAGUGCUUCAGAUCCGCUACGCCAGCGUGGAGCGGCUGCUGGAGAGGCUGACAGACCUGCGCUUCCUGAGCAUCGACUUCCUCAACACCUUCCUGCACUCCUACCGGGUCUUCACCACCGCCGUCGUGGUCCUGGACAAGCUCAUUACCAUCUACAAGAAGCCCAUCAGUGCCAUCCCUGCCAGGUGGCUGAGGUCGCUGGAGCUUCUGUUUGCCAGUGGCCAGAACAACAAGCUUCUGUACGGUGACCCCCCCAAGUCCCCGCGUGCCACCCGCAAGUUCUCCUCGCCACCACCUCUGUCCAUCACCAAGACAUCUUCGCCAAGCCGCCGGCGGAAGCUCUCCCUGAACAUCCCCAUUAUCACCGGCGGCAAGGCCCUGGACCUGGCCGCCCUCAGCUGCAACUCCAAUGGCUACACCAGCAUGUACUCGGCCAUGUCGCCCUUCAGCAAGGCCACACUGGACACCAGCAAGCUCUAUGUGUCCAGCAGCUUCACCAACAAGAUUCCAGAUGAGGGCGAUACGACCCCUGAGAAGCCCGAAGACCCUUCGGUGCUCAGCAAGCAGAGCUCAGAAGUCUCCGUGAGAGAGGAGUCAGAUACUGAUCAAAACCAGAGUGAUGAUGGUGAUGCUGAAACAUCACCAACUAAAUCUCCAACAACACCCAAAUCAGUCAAAAGCAAAAAUUCUUCAGAGUUCCCGCUCUUUUCCUAUAACAACGGAGUCGUCAUGACCUCCUGUCGCGAACUGGACAAUAACCGCAGUGCCUUGUCGGCUGCCUCCGCCUUUGCCAUAGCAACCGCGGGGGCCAACGAGGGCACCCCAAACAAGGAGAAGUACCGGAGGAUGUCCUUAGCCAGUGCAGGGUUUCCCCCAGACCAGAGGAAUGGAGACAAGGAGUUUGUGAUCCGCAGAGCAGCCACCAAUCGUGUCUUGAACGUGCUCCGCCACUGGGUGUCCAAGCACUCUCAGGACUUUGAAACCAAUGAUGAGCUCAAAUGCAAGGUGAUCGGCUUCCUGGAAGAAGUCAUGCACGACCCGGAGCUCCUGACCCAGGAGCGGAAGGCUGCAGCCAACAUCAUCAGGACUCUGACCCAGGAGGACCCAGGUGACAACCAGAUCACGCUGGAGGAGAUCACGCAGAUGGCUGAAGGCGUGAAGGCUGAGCCCUUUGAAAACCACUCGGCCCUAGAGAUUGCGGAGCAGCUGACCCUGCUAGACCACCUCGUCUUCAAGAAGAUUCCUUAUGAGGAGUUCUUCGGACAAGGAUGGAUGAAACUGGAAAAGAAUGAAAGGACCCCUUAUAUCAUGAAAACAACCAAGCACUUCAAUGAUAUCAGUAACUUGAUUGCUUCAGAAAUCAUCCGCAAUGAGGACAUCAAUGCCAGGGUGAGCGCCAUCGAGAAGUGGGUGGCCGUGGCUGACAUCUGCCGCUGCCUCCACAACUACAAUGCUGUGCUGGAGAUCACCUCAUCCAUGAACCGCAGUGCAAUCUUCCGGCUCAAAAAGACAUGGCUCAAAGUCUCUAAGCAGACUAAAGCUUUGAUUGAUAAGCUCCAAAAGCUUGUGUCAUCUGAGGGCAGAUUUAAGAAUCUCAGAGAAGCUCUGAAAAAUUGUGACCCACCCUGUGUCCCUUACCUGGGGAUGUACCUCACCGACCUGGCCUUCAUCGAGGAGGGGACGCCCAAUUACACGGAAGACGGCCUGGUCAACUUCUCCAAGAUGAGGAUGAUAUCGCAUAUUAUCCGAGAGAUUCGCCAGUUUCAACAAACUGCCUACAAAAUAGAGCACCAAGCAAAGGUAACGCAAUAUUUACUGGACCAAUCUUUUGUAAUGGAUGAAGAAAGCCUCUACGAGUCUUCUCUCCGAAUAGAACCAAAACUCCCCACCUGAAGCUGUGCCCAGCCCAGACCCAGCUGUUCCCGGGGACACGUGCUAGAUAAUACUGUACAUAUUCGUUUGGUUUCACUGGAUUUUCUUCUUCAGUAUGUGCUUCUCCAAGAAUACAAAUCGUCCUUGUUCUUAGAUUCCUGUAGAACCGGAAUAUGAGUUUCUGCACCGUUUCAGACUUUGCCCACCCGUCCCUCCCCUCGUCUCCUGCAGUGCCUGUUUCUUUUAAACAGCUGUACUCUUGGUCCCUCUUCCCUAGACUCCUCACUCUUCUCAGAGGGGAAACAGCACCCUUGCAUACAAGAACCUCAGACUCCAGUCCUGCUUCCGUCCCUCCCCAGCCCAGGCUCCUGGGUUGAGGUGGCCACCCAGGCAUCCUCCCAGCAUGUUCCAUGUAGUUGUUAUAACUGGGUGGGGGGUGGGGGGCGGCGGGAGGGGGAACCAUACCCUGAAGUCCAGUCAUUGACAAAUCUUCCCGCUGAUGGUGAUGUCAAUUUCCAAAGCAGCUUCUCCAGCCAAAAUCGCAGGUCUCAAAACUCCCCAUCUGUCUCCCAGUAACCUGGACGGAAGGGAGUCCUCUCUGCUCAGAACCACACCCCUCGUACAAAUGCUGCCAUCUCGUUCAGGCCCCAUGUUGCUCCUUGCUCUAGGAUUAACACCAGAUAGCAUGAAUAGCAGUCUCAAUACAACUGGAUAAGGCCCUAGACUUCCCGAGGAAACAGAGUCACAAACACCAAGCCACGUCGACUCUUGCCGACCACCGGCCCAGCAUUCACUGAAAGUCGGGAACACAAAAAUAUCACUUUUCCUCUUUAAGCCGCCUAACGGUCACUACAAGCUUACAUUGAGAUGCUCUAAGUCUGUAUACCUUGUGAUAAUUAGUACCACACUGUAGAAUUAGGAAAUCAAUAACCAAGUGUUUUUAUUGCAUAUACUGUAGUCCUGUCUAAAUGCCUUCUAGCAGGAAUAUAGUAAUGUAGUGCUUAUUCUGUGAAUAUUACCAUGUAUUUUUUACAUUGUACAGUAUAGAAAACACAGGUUAACUCCGAAGUGGCAGGCAUGCUCCACUACAACAGACAGACAACUUUUGCUGUAAGCAAUACCUAGUGGUAUGAGAAUUCUAUUUCAAGUCCUAAAAUAUUUCAACUUACAGCUCGUUUGGAAAAAAAUUUCCAUUUUUGUAAAAAUAUAUGUUUCCUGAUUACCUCUUGCUAAUAAAUCUAUUCUAUCUCAGGGUGAACAGCGAGUUUUGAUGGGUUUCAUUUGUUCAGUCAAAGAAUAUUUGAUGAGCACUUGCGCCUUACCCAGCCCAGGCUGGGACCAGAGAUCCAGAGUGUCAAGGACACUAUCCCUGCUUUUUAGGCACCAACAGUUUGAUGGGGAAGACUGUUUCAGUUGCCUACUGCACCAAGAACAACCCACUCCAAAACAUAAUGGCUUAAAACCAUUUUUUGUUACCUUUCACAGUUCUGUGGGUUGACUGGGUCCAGCUGUCAGUUCUUAUUUGGAGUCUCUCGUGAAGUUUCAGUCACACAGCAACUGGGGCUGGAGUCAUCUGAAGGCUCAACUGGACCAGGCGGUGCUCUAGUUGGUGCACCAAGAUGGCGCUGUCACGUGGCUGGAUGUUGAUGUCUGCUGGGCUGCACUAGGGCUGUUCAUGGGAGCAUCCACACAUGGCCUCUCUAUGUGGCUUGGGCUCCUCACAGUCUGACACCUGGGUUCCAAGAGCGAAGCUGCAAGGCUGAAGCUGCAAGGCUGCCCAGAUGGCAUCCUGCCCAGCUGUGUCCUCACUGUCACCCAGGAAGGGAAGCCCCGGAACACCACCCUCAGUCACAGGCAUGGGGCCCACUGUAAGGCACAACCCCUUCCAGAGCUCCCAAGGCCGCCUCCCCUGGGACCUGCAGCCACCUGGCUCCAUAACCGCUUUUCUGUUUCCUCCAGACAUUUCCAUCCCCUACUUUGUGCUCGGAUCUGAGGGGGAUAGCAAGUGGAGAAAGAGGGGAUCUAGAGGGAGAAGGUUCUAGAUCCUUCUUUUGACUGCCAGCUGGUUUUGACUGCCAGCAUUACCUGCUUCAUGAGCUCAGCCAAGUCACUUAACCUCUCAGAGCUUCAGUGUUCUCAUUUGAAAAAUGGGGAGGAAAAUGAUGUCUCAUGACAGAGUAAAAUUAAAUGAAUUAUUAUAAUUAA